AUGAAGCACAGGUGGUCGUCGGUGUUCAACACGCCCGUCGACGUGUUAGGGUUAGGGCUUCACGGCUAUCAUCUGAUCGUAAAGAAGCCUAUGGAUCUUGGUACUGUGAAGACAAAUCUCGAAAAGGGGUUUUACAGAUCUCCCGUUGAUUUUGCUUCCGAUGUUAGCUUGACUUUCACGAACGCGUUGGCGUAUAAUCCGAAGGGGCAAGACGUUUAUAAAAUGGCUGAGAAGCUUCUGAGUCAGUUCGAUAUUUCAAUAGCUAAAAAGUUAGAUUCUUUGAAGUUGUUACUUACAUUGCCUCUGCCACGUGUCCCAUCUCCUCCUCCAUCGCCACCUCCCCAGCCGGUGGUUAGCAAAGUGGAAACACCUCCUCCGCAACCUCCCCAACCGGUUAACCAAGUGGAAGCAUCGCCUCUUGAGGUUGGAGAAGCGCCUAACGGGAGGAAAGGGAAGUUACCGAAGCCUAAGGCUAAGGAUCCAAACAAGAGAGAGAUGACGAUGGAAGAGAAGGGGAAGCUCGGUGUGAAUCUACAGGAGCUGCCUCCGGAGAAGCUUGGACAGUUGAUUCAGAUUCUUAAGAAGAGAACCAUGAAUCUGCCUCAAGAUGGGGAUGAGAUUGAGUUGGAUAUCGAGGAGUUGGAUAAUGAGACUUUGUGGGAGCUUGAUCGUUCUUUGACACAGAUUUACCGGGUCAAUCACAGGUGGUCGUCGGUGUUCAACACGCCCGUCGACGUGUUAGGGUUAGGGCUUCACGGCUAUCAUCUGAUCGUGAAGAAGCCUAUGGAUCUUGGUACUGUGAAGACAAAUCUCGAAAAGGGGUUUUACAGAUCUCCCGUUGAUUUUGCUUCCGAUGUUAGCUUGACUUUCACGAACGUGUUGGCGUAUAAUCCGAAGGGGCAAGACGUUUAUAAAAUGGCUGAGAAGCUUCUGAGUCAGUUCGAUAUUUCAAUAGCUAAAAAGUUAGAUUCUUUGAAGUUGUUACUUACAUUGCCUCUGCCACGUGUCCCAUCUCCUCCUCCAUCGCCACCUCCCCAGCCGGUGGUUAGCAAAGUGGAAACACCUCCUCCGCAACCUCCCCAACCGGUUAACCAAGUGGAAGCAUCGCCUCUUGAGGUUGGAGAAGCGCCUAACGGGAGGAAAGGGAAGUUACCGAAGCCUAAGGCUAAGGAUCCAAACAAGAGAGAGAUGACGAUGGAAGAGAAGGGGAAGCUCGGUGUGAAUCUACAGGAGCUGCCUCCGGAGAAGCUUGGACAGUUGAUUCAGAUUCUUAAGAAGAGAACCAUGAAUCUGCCUAAAGAUGGGGAUGAGAUUGAGUUGGAUAUCGAGGAGUUGGAUAAUGAGACUUUGUGGGAGCUUGAUCGUUUUGUCACUAACUACAAGAAGAUGGCAAGCAAGAUCAAGCGACAAGGGUUUAUUCAGAAUUUGUCGACUCCGACAAGAAAUCUGAAGAUAGCUUAUGAUCUCGAUAAACCUCACUACAUUCUGAGUUUAAUACUGACUAAGAGAGGACACACAUGGGAUGAUGCUAAAGUUAUUAUUAAUACGGGUGUGAAAUCGAGAAAAGGGGCAAGGAAAGAUCCAAAGAUUGGAUAUGAAUAUGUUUAUUAUGAUCAAAAGAUAAACAGUAUUCUCUCUCUUCCUGCUACACUCAACGUUUCUAACACACCGACAUACAUUCUCAUGUCAGAAACUACCAUGAAACUUAAUAUGGAGGCAUCUGCAGAGAACAAAAACACUCCGAUUAACUUAGCUCAGAAUACGUACUGGAACUUGGCGGGCGAGUCUACAGGAGAGGUGGGUAUCGGAUAUGAUCAUAACUACGUAUUUGACUGUCCUGAUCAAGAUAAGGACAGGCUGAAACAUGCAACAAAGCUGAAGGACGAUGCGAGUGAACAAGUGGUUUUACAUGGAUGUGGUUUAGGUAACUGA